AUGACCCACAGCCCGCACACGCCGCUCCCGCUGUCGACGCGGCUGGCCGAGGUGCGCGCGGCGGCUCCCGACGUCUUUGCGGAGCUGCCACUGCCGCUGCAGCCGAGCCUGGCGUCACCGUGCUGGCGUCGCAACGAGACGAGCCGCUUGCGGUGCCUGCCCGCCUUCUUUGUCGCCGGCGCGCUGCAGUCGGGCACGGCCGACCUGUGGAGGCGGCUAAAGGCACACAGCCUCAUCCCCAGCCGGCACGAUGCGCUCUCGCACUGGUGGACCAACCACCCGCGCUCGCGCGCGGGCAACUUUGAGACGUACACGAGCCGCUUCUCGGGCGACGCCACGCUCGCUGCCCUCGACGCCGCGCCCGACUCGCUCCUCGGCGACGCGUCUCCUGCCUCCUUCACCUUCAUGUUUGCCGAGUCGCUCCGGCUGCACUAUCGCUACCUCGAUGCCUUUGACGCGUGCUACCGAGAGUGCAAGGCGAACCCUCCUCAACGCGGCGCGCCCUCCGCCUGCGCCAACCGCAAGAAGGGCUCCGACGGCGGGUCGACCCGCCUCGUGUGGCGCUGGCUCGGGCUGAGGGAGGCGUCGCAGCAGGAGGAGGCGGACGCGCGGCGCGUCAAGGAGGGCGACGAGCUCGAGCAGACCGUGCGCAGGCACGGGGAGGCGCCGGCGCACCACUCCCGCGCG